AACAGGGCUGAGGAGUGAAAGGUGCGUGCCUAGCAGCCAAGGCACCGCGACGUCCCGAAGAUGACAAGGAACCGGUUUCACUUUCUUGCAUUCCUCACAUUAAUGUUUGUCCAUCAGAGCGAUGCUCUCAUCAGGGUUCCUCUGCACAGGAUGCGCUCGCUGCGCCGCCGGCUCUGCGACAGCGGCAUGACGCUGGAGCAGCUGCGCUCCCGGGCGGAGGAGCGCGCAGGGCACCGCGUCGCGGCCGACCAGCAAGUGCCUGUAGAGCGACUCACCAACUUCAUGGACGCUCAAUAUUUUGGGGUGAUCAGUAUCGGCUCUCCGCAGCAGAACUUCUCUGUGCUGUUUGACACCGGAUCCUCCAAUCUGUGGGUUCCCUCCGCCAGUUGCUCCUUCUGGGACUUCGCCUGCUGGCUCCAUCAACGAUACGAUUCCAAGAAGUCUAGCACCUACGUGAAGAACGGAACCAAAUUCGCUAUCCAGUAUGGCAGCGGCAGCCUGUCCGGGUUUCUCAGCCAGGAUCUGGUCUCGGUGGCUGGUUUGGUCAUUCCCAGACAGCAGUUUGGGGAGGCGGUUAACCAGCCAGGCAUUGUGUUUGCCCUGGCACACUUCGAUGGCGUGCUAGGCAUGGGCUACCCUUCCAUCUCCGUCGCUCAGGUCACUCCGGUCUUUGAUUUGGCCAUAGCGGCCAAACUACUGCCCCAAAACGUCUUCUCCUUCUACCUCAACAGAGACCCUGCUGCACCUGUGGGCGGCGAGUUAAUGCUUGGCGGCAUUGACAAGCAGUACCACCAGGGGGAGCUGCACUACCUGAACGUGACCCGCAAAGCCUACUGGCAGAUCAAAAUGGACAGCGUCCUUGUGGGCAACCAGCUGACAUUGUGCAAGGGUGGCUGUCAGGCGAUCGUCGACACGGGCACGUCCCUCAUCACCGGCCCCGCCCAGGAAGUGCAGGCCCUGCAGAAGGCCAUCGGGGCCUUUCCUCUGCUGAUGGGCGAGUAUUUCAUUAAUUGCAAGAUGAUCCCAUCGCUUCCAGUUAUUUCCUUUGCUCUGGGGGGGAAGCAGUUCAAUCUGACGGGAGAGGAUUACAUCAUGAAGGAGUCCCAAAUGGGCCAGAAAAUCUGUCUGUCCGGAUUCAUGGCGCUGGAUGUGCCCCCCCCAGCCGGGCCCCUCUGGAUCUUGGGAGACGUCUUCAUCGGUCGGUACUACAGCGUGUUCGACAGGGACGCCGACCGAGUGGGCUUCGCUCCGGCGAAGCCGGGACGCUAAGGGGGGACUGUGUGGGGCAGAACAAGAAGCAAGGAAGGAGCGACCAAAAUGCACAAACAUUCAGGCCUCAUUUCUUAGCACAGAGCAAAACUACUAUGAACUUAACAUGGUUUUAACACCUUGCAUUGUCACGGCAAGAUGUAACACUGCAUAUGGUGAGACCAAUUAACAGCCUUUAUUUCAGGAAAUGUGUUCAUUUUAGCUAUAGCAAGGGUGGAUUUUGCUGAAAUACCCAAUGCGGGGGACCCUGCUUUUAGUGAUGCUGCUGAAGUGCAGUUUUACCAAGAUGAUUCUUGCCUAGAUUUAUACAAGCAAACACUUUAGUCUAACAGGAGCGACAGUGUGCAGUGACUCAGUUGGUCUAAGACCGCAGUGCCUGUUUCAGGUUGAAGCCGCUUUCAACAUGUAAAUGAAAUGUUUCACAAAAUGAUGAAAUGUUGUUUCAUAAUCUGUUAGAACGGCAGACAAAUAAAGACGACAGACACCGA